AUGUUCAAGUACAGAGAAGUCCUGGCACGCCUGCGCGCCGGCGAGACCGUGCGCGCGAUAGCGCGCUCGGGGUUGGUGGGCCGGGACAAGGCUACCGUCGUGCGUGAGGUAGCUCGCGCUCAGGGUUGGCUCAAGAUGGACCAGCCCUUGCCCGAGGAAACAGAUAUUGCAAGGGUGUUGGGCCAGCACAAGCCCUCGGCAAGCACGAUUAGCAACGCCGAGCCGUGGCGUAAAUUGGUCACCGAGUGGCUCGAACAAGGUGUUUCGGGCACGGCCAUUCAUGGUGCACUGUGCCGCAACCACGGCUUCACGGGCAGCUAUUCCUCGGUGGCCCGCCUGUCGCAAUCGAUCCGGGGCGCGCAGCGGCCUGAGCCCACGGUUCGCCUUCACUUCGACCCGGGCGAUGCCGUCCAAGUUGAUUUCGGUGCUGGUCCGAUGAUGAUGGACGCCGACGGUGUCGAGCGGCGCACCUGGGCGUUCGUGAUGACGCUGUGCUUUAGCCGGCAUCAGUACGUUGAGUUUGUUUGGGACCAGAGCGUGCCCACCUGGCUGGGGUGUCACCGCCGCGCCUUUGAGUGGUUUAACGGGGUGCCCCGGCGUGUGAUCAUUGAUAACGCCAAGUGCGCCAUCACCAAGGCCUGCGCCAACGACCCGCUGGUUCAACGCGCUUAUGGUGAGUGCGCGUUGGGCUAUGGCUUCAAGAUCGAUCCGUGUCCGCCCUAUGACCCGCAGAAGAAGGGCAUCGUUGAGGCGGGGGUGAAGUAUGUCAAACGCAACUUCCUGCCGCUGCGCCAAUUCCGUCACCUCACCGAUUUGAAUGAGCAGGUGCGCCACUGGGUGAUGAACGAUGCCGGCCAGCGUAAUCACGGCACCACGCGCCAGCGGCCACUGGCAUUGUUCGCGUUGGAGCGCGACAGCCUGAACAGCUUGCCACUGAUCGCGCCCGACCUGGGCAAACGAUUGUGGCUGCGCGCCACUGAUUGCUCAGUGGCCUUGUAUCACGCUCAUCAACAUAUACACACGCAUCCACGGCCCAAGCGUCGCGGUGAGCGGGUGACCGUUCGAGAUCAUUUGCCGCCCAACGCGGCAGCCUUCCUCACGCACGAUCGGCAGUACUGCCUGGAGCAGGCCAAACGCGUCGGACCGGCCUGCCAGCGUCUGGCUAGUCAGUUACUAGACGAUCGAAUUCUGGAGAAGUUGCGAACCGUGCAGAACAUCUUGCGCUUGGGCAGAACGUAUGGCCCGCAACGCCUGGACGCCGCUUGCGCCCGAGCCCUGGCCCAUGACUCGCUGUACUACCGCACCGUCAAGAGCAUCCUGGCGGGCAACUUCGACCGGCUCCCGGUCACCGAAUUGACAGACGAACCUUACGCCAGCAAAGCGCGCUUUGCGCGCGACGCCGAUGACCUGUUUACCGAGCAGCCCGGCCGGCUGCACUGA